AUGCGCGAAUCAAUAUCCGAGAAGCCUCUGGACAACCCUGAGGUACCACGCAACCAGGAUUCUGGGAAAGAGACACAAGAAUCACCCCCCGGAAGCUCCAAAACAAUUGUGGACAGCAAUCCGGACUAUGGACGCCAAACAGACCCCGUGUUCCCCGAAGAAUAUGUUCUCAAGACCGAGACUGGUCUCAUUCCCGAACAAACAUUGGAGCAAAUCCAAACCCGAACUUCGCGAAGACGACGUCCAAGUCAACGUGAGCUGGAGGAAGGAGCUCCUACCGAGUCAACUGAGUUUGUGACCUUCAAGAUAGAUGACCCCGACCAUCCGCAUAAUUGGUCUCGGUUGUUCCGGUGGUACAUCACUAUGGUUGCAUCGACUGUCGUGGUCUGUGUCGCCUUCGGUUCGUCCAUUGUCACUGGUGGUCUGGGCCUGAUUGAAGAGAAAUACAAUGUUUCCCUCGAGGUGGCUAUUCUCACUUGCUCUAUCAUGGUUUUCGGUUUUGCAGUCGGGCCACUACUCUGGUCACCCCUGUCAGAAAUUAUCGGUCGACAGUGGGUCUAUAUAAUUUCGUUGGGCCUUUACACCAUCUUCAAUAUACCCUGUGCUCUGUCGCCCAAUAUUGGUGGUCUAUUGGUCUCGCGCUUUCUGUGCGGUGUCUUCUCUAGCUCAGGCCUUUCGCUGGCGGGCGGUACUAUCGCUGAUAUCUGGAACAUUGAGGAUCGUGGUAUGGCCAUUGCCUAUUUUGCAGCAGCUCCCUACUGUGGCCCUGUGCUCGGGCCUAUAGUUACUGGUUGGAUCAACGUCGGCUCCCAGCGUCUUGAUCUUUUCUUCUGGGUGAACAUGGCUUUCUCCGGUGCUAUGUUGAUCCUCAUGGGCUCAAUCCCUGAGACCUACACCCCAGUGAUCCUCAAGCGACGAGCUGCAAAGCUUCGAAAGGAGACAGGAAACCCCAACAUUGUCACUGAGCAGGAAAAGUAUCCACUUACACUGCGUGAGAUUGCUCAGACGAGUUUGAUCCGGCCCAUCACUAUGAUCAUGACAGAGCCGGUCCUGGACCUCAUGUGCAUGUACAUCGUGCUCAUUUACUCCAUGUUAUACGCCUUCUUCUUUGCUUAUCCAGUCAUAUUCGGGGAUCUGUACAACUACAACGAUGGUCAAAUCGGUCUAAUGUUUAUCCCAAUCUUGAUCGGCGCUGGCUUUGCCUUGCUAAUCACUCCGUUGAUCGAGAAGCAGUUCAAAAAUAUCUGCAAUACCCGGGCUCCUACACCCGAGGACCGACUCAUUGCUGCACUUCUUGGGGCUCCCUUCAUCCCGAUCGCCUUUUUUCUCCUUGGGGCCACUUCCUUCAAGCAUAUCAUCUGGGUGGGACCCUCGUCUUCUGGGAUCGCAUUCGGCUUCGGAAUGGUUCUGUGCUACUAUGCCGUCAACAACUAUAUCAUUGAUGCAUACCAUAAAUACACAGCGUCGGCGUUGGCAGCUAAAGUCUUCUUGCGAUCGGGAGGUGGUGCUGCGUUCCCUCUGUUCACCACUCAGAUGUAUCACAGAUUGGGACUGCAAUGGGCUUCUUGGCUGCUUGCCUUUAUUGGCGUUGCAAUGGUUCUUAUUCCAUAUGUUUUCUAUGCCUUUGGAGGGAAGCUCCGGGCCAAGCUUGGUCGCGAUUGA